AUGAAACAAAUUGGAUCGAAACAAGAUCCAUUGUUAUUCGGUUGGUUUCUUUUUCGAAUAGGUAAAUUUGACGAAGCUGAACAUUAUGUAAAAUUGAUGCUUACACAACUUCCAUCGAAUGAUGUAGGACUUCGAGAUGCUUACAACUUACUUGGUCUCACUUAUAAACUUACAGAUCAACUAGAACAAUCUGUUGAAUGUUAUGAGAAAGCUCUUGAUAUUUAUUCUCGCUUGACAUUAGGAGAGAGUCGAAAUACAAAAGAACGACUAAGACAAGUCGAGGAGACAUUAUCCAAGUCCUCACAAACAAAGGAUAGAUUACUCAUAGCCACAGUAGAGGGUCUGAACGCGAAAAUUCAAACACAAUAUAGUAAUAAUACAAGUACUUUGAAAAGACUUGAACUGGUUUUAAAGAAUAAAAUGCAGCGACUGCCAGAAAAUCAUCCUUUAAUAGCAUCAACGUUGAAUGCGAUAGGUACUUUCUAUGAAAACAUCAACAACGAUGAAAAAGCAUUUGAAUAUUUUAAACAAGCAUUGGUAAUUGGCAAGAAACGCUUACUACCCGACCAUUUGGAUUUAGUUGAUUAUCAUACGAAUAUUGGUCGUAUUUAUGACAAGCAGAAACAAUUUCAAUUAGCUCGAAAAAUUAUGGAAGCUUAUCCACGAGAAGAAGAUGAUAGGUUUGAUAUAUUAAAUGCAUAUAUCACUGACACGAAAAAAAAUUAA